CUCCCUCAACACCACAAUUGAAGUCGGCCCCGCCAUGCCUCCCCGGCUUCAGCUCCUCCCCUUCCGGGCGCUCACGUCCGCGACGCCCAUCACUACGGCCGCCGCCGCCAGCACCACCGCCAACCCUCUGGCCUUCCUGCUGGCCGGCUUCCAACAAUCCCGCAACGCACACAUCCUGGCCUCGCUCUCCGACAACGCGGGGGCCUACAACAAACGCAUCCGUCGCGGUCGCGGUCCGGCUUCCGGCAAGGGUAAGACCUCCGGUCGCGGUCACAAGGGUCAGAAGCAGCACGGCAAGGUGCCCGCGGGGUUCAAUGGUGGACAGACGCCGGACAUUGUUGUGCACGGGGAGCGCGGAUAUAACAAUAUCCACGCCAUCGAGCUAGCCCCCAUCAACCUCAACCGCAUCCAAGACUGGAUCGACCAAGGCCGCAUCGACCCGGCCCGCCCGAUCACCAUCCGCGAGCUUUUCGAUUCGCGCUGCAUCCACCAGACCAAGGAGGGCGUGAAGCUCCUGGGCCGCGGCGUCCUGAAGGACGAGAAGGGCGCCGUCAUCGCCCCUAGCAGCAGCAGCAGCAGCACCACCACCACCUCCCCCGAAUCCACCACCACCACCCCCGAAUCCCCCUCUACAUCCGAAGACACCACCAUCAACGUCCUCAAACAACCCAUCCACAUCGUGGUCUCGCGCGCCUCGGCCGCCGCCAUCGCCGCCGUCGAAGCCGCCGGCGGCACCGUGACCACGCGCUUCUACACGCCGCGCGCGAUCCGCCGCAUCCUGAAGCGCGAGAUGCACCCGUUCGUGUCGACGGCGUGGACGGCGCGCAGCGCCCCCGCCGGCCUCCUCGCCGCCGAGGGCCUCGACAGCGACGCCGCCGGCCAGCUCGUCGAGAGCGAGAUCAUGCGCGCCAUGGGCUUCACCUACCGCCUGCCCGACCCCACCAAGCGCCGCGACAUCGAGUACUACCGUGACCCCGCCCACCGCGGCUACCUGAGCCACCUGCUCAAGCCCAUGGAGGGCCCCAGUUUGUUCUUCCGGUCGCCCGUCGAGCGCAAGACCGCCGCCGGCGCGCACAAGGAGAAGGUCCUGCCCGAGAAUCGGUUGUGGUAGGUUGUCUUGGGUCCGGGUUGAUUGUUCUGGGGAAGAACGGGAGGUUCGGGUAUAGUUGGGGGUUGGGGCUCGCUGGGAUGGAGUAGAGAGUGUGUGCGGUUUCUGUAAGGUGUGUGUGUGUGUGUGUGUGUGUGUGAAGGGUUGUUUGGACUUUUGAAAGACCUUUGGCUGUUCUCUCUUGUAUUUGUAUAAAUAUGUUUUUGUUGUAUGGUUAUCGUGGAUAUGCAUUUUCUUUUUUUUU